AUGUAUAUGAAUAAUAAUAGCAACAAUAAUAAUGUAAUGAGAGUUCCGGACACUAGCUGCUGUCUCGGUAUUGGUGCCGGCUCGGAAAACAAGAUGCCUCCAAUUUCUCGGAAGAGACUGUCUAGAAAUGGUGCUAACCGAACGCUAAGAAAUCUGGUGAAAGCGUUAUCAAAUGCAAGCGCACCCCGAGAGAAGUCUGUGUCGGAAUUAGCCUCUGAAAUGAGCAAACGGAUUAGCCAGAGCAAACCCUCGACUUUCGAUGGUAAGGGUGAACCGUCAGAACAGGAACUUUGGUUAAGAGAAUUUGACAAACUUUUCGAUGUAGUAGAAUGCCCACAAGAACUGAAAGUCAAUCAAGCUGCCUUCUAUUUGGUUGGAGAAGCCGACUACUGGUGGGCAAACAGUAGAUCGGGGUUGUUAGAGCAGGCUGAGGGGGAUUUUGGUUGGGAUUUGUUCAAAAGGGCUAUGCGAGAGAAAUUUUAUCCGCUGCAUGUAAGGAAAGAUAAAUCGAACGAGUUUGCGCGAUUAGAGAUAGGUAGUAUGACUGUUGAUGAAUAUUACCACAAAUUUAUGGAGUACCUCAAGUAUUGUCCUGAUGACAUGUAUAAGAGAGCGUCACAAAUAGGGAAUAUAUUGAGGAAGGAGAAGGAAAAGGAGAAGGGUAAUAUCUCUGAGAAGAGGAAAGAAGUUUCUGGCCAGGCAUUGGAGAACAUGUCGGGCUUUUAUCAGAAGAAAGCAAGAAAUUUCGGAAAUUUUCAAGGAGGCGGGUCUAAUUCGAAUUCAGGGAUUAGGAAGGACGCGAAGCCUGCAAGGCCAUUACUGGACCGAGACGGCAAUAAAAGGAAGUUUUUCUGUAGAAGGUGCAAGAGAAAUCAUCCGGGAAAAGAUUGUGAAGGGAAUUUGAUCGAAUGUAACUUUUGCCACAAAAGGGGGCAUAGAGAGUUUGAGUGCUACAUAAAGAAAGGGGGUAGAAGCCAACAUCCGAGUGGACAACACCGGCAACAAAAUUUAAACAACGCCGAUAGUCAAGCCAGCCAACAGUACGGGAAUGGAAAUCGUGAUAUAAUCUCACCGGAAGAACAUUUUGUUUGA